AUGUUACGGAAGAGCAGCAGCAGUGGAGGUGGUGGGAUUAAGCGCACCCAGGGUCCGCCACGACACGUCUCCAACCCCCACACAGGAUCUCUGUCAGCCGGCUCCACCAAGACCUGGGACAUGGGCCACAGGUCCAAGAACCCCAACCCUCUGAGCAGCAUGGGUCUGGGGUCCCGCAUCGUGGGUGCCCCAGGAGUGGACCCGGACUACGUUAUGCAGCUGGUGAACGAUGUGCGGAAGUUUGCUGAUGUGCUGCUCAGCCUCAAGGAGGCUUUUCAGUCUAAAGACAGCCAGGAGGGUCUCCAGCAGGUGGUCCAGGAGCGUUUGGGGGAGUUACUUCGUGUUCUCAAAUCUGUCAUUGGCAAACACCAGACCCUCAACUCUUCUGAUAUCCUGGGAGCUGCUGGCACGGUUAUUGCUAAGGUCAAAGGCGUUAACUUCAAGGAAGUGAACCCAGAAAACAAAAAGGCUAUAUUCAGCGAGAUACACACAUCCAUUGACACUUUGGCAUUCACAUUCGGCAAUGUAGUUUCUGACUUCCUUAUGGGAGAUGUGGACAGCAGCUCAGGGUUGGGGAUCCCCCAGACCAGGAGAAGCAGGUCUUUUGAUAAUCUCUCUGUGGAUCCCGGGGAAUAUGUUUCAGAGAAAAGUGACCUUGUGGGCCCAGAGGUGGUGCUGUCACGGGAGGAGGAAGUCGACCUGACCCUCCUGAAGAAUGAGAGUGGGGUGGAGUCCGCAUUGCUCUAUGCUAAGGCCUGGUCCAAGUAUAUCAAAGACCUUCUGGCCUGGAUGGAGAAAAGACUGGCUAUGGAUAUUGAAUAUGCUAAAAGCUAUGCUAAAAUGGCUGAAUCUGCAAAGACACUAGCAAGUCAACAGGACUACAUGCCAUUUAGUGAUGUCUAUGUUUCAACAUUCAAGAAUGACAUUGAGUACAGCCAGCUGCUCAUUCAGACUGCAGUGGCUCUCCAGACCAAUAAAUUCAUCCAGCCUCUGCUGGCCCGUAAGAAUGAACUGGACAAGCUGAGGAAAGACAUCAAGGAUCAGUGGCAGAGGGAGCAAAAGAAAAUGCACGAAGCAGACGUGAGCAUGCGUAAGGCACGAGCACUGAAGGCCCAGCGCAGAGAGGAGUACCAGAAGGCCCAGUCGUCCGCCAGCCGCUCCCAGGAGGAGCAGCAGUCUAACACGGGGAACAAACAGCUGGAGAAGAAGAGGAGGCUAGAGGAGGAGGCCCUGCACAAGGCAGAGGAGGCUCAGGAACAGUACAGGAGCUGUAUGGCUGACGCAGGCGUCAGAAAAAUGGACCUAGCCAACGCCAAGAGCACCAUCCUCACACAGAUCAGAGAGCUGGUCUUCCAGUGUGAUCUCACCCUCAAAGCUGUGACAGUGAAUUGGUUCCAGAUGCAGCAGGCGCAGAUUGUGUCGCUCCCUGCCCACUACCAAGCCCUGAGUGAGAGUGCCAAGCUGUAUGAACCGGGCGAGUGCUAUGCUGAGUUUGUCCGCAACUUGCCAAAAGUGCUGCCUAAAGAACGCUUGCACUCUGACUCCAUCUCCUCUGACAAUGCCAGGUUUAUUUUCAACAAAAGGUCAGUCGGCAGCACCCACUCCUCCCAUGGCAACCUGUCGCAGGCGUCCAUCACUUCCUGUGACGUGUUGAGCGGCGAUGAGGUUGACAUUCCCCUCCAUUCCCAGCCAGGGAAGAUUGGCGAGCUGAGGUCCAAUAGCAGCACAGACAUCCAAGCGCUGAGAGGCCAGGCCCCGCUGCGAGCCUGGGCCUCAGGCAGCCAGGGGAGCCAGGGAGGGAUGUGCAGUGACUCGGAGAGUGCCGGAGGCAGCAGUGAGUCAAGGUCCAUGGACUCUCCCACCGCCAGCCCAGGUGAUUUCAAACGACGGCUGCCCAGAACUCCCUCCACUGGCACCAUGUCCUCUGCUGAUGACCUGGAUGAGAGAGAGCCACCAUCACCCUCAGACAAUGGCCUGGCAGAGAUGGUGACCGAGACAGCCAGUUCCCCUGGUCCCUUCCGAAACGCUCAGAUGUCCAAGGCCGCCCAAACCCACAAGUUGAGGAAGCUGCGAGCCCCGUCUAAGUGCAGGGAGUGUGACAGUCUGGUCGUUUUCCAUGGAGCCGAGUGUGAGGAGUGCUCCCUGGCCUGCCAUAAGAAGUGCCUGGAGACACUGGCCAUCCAGUGUGGCCAUAAGAAGCUGCAAGGCAGACUACACUUGUUUGGUAUCGACUUUGCCCAGGCAGCAAAGAACACCCCAGAUGGGAUCCCCUUCAUUAUCAAGAAGUGCACCUCUGAGAUUGAGAGCCGAGCCCUCAACAUCAAGGGUAUUUACCGUGUGAAUGGUGCCAAAUCACGUGUGGAAAAGCUCUGCCAGGCAUUUGAAAAUGGCAAGGACUUGGUUGAACUGUCUGAACUCUCACCUCAUGACAUCAGCAAUGUCCUCAAACUCUACCUGAGACAGUUACCAGAGCCGCUGAUCCUCUAUCGUUAUUACAAUGACUUCAUUGGCCUGGCCAAGGAGUGCCAAAGAGUGUUGGUGGAGGAGGCCGACGGAGCACAAGGAGCCCAGACAAGAGAGAAGAGUGGGCUCAGCGUCCAGCUCAACAGAGUCAUCUUCAAGAUACGAGACCUGCUCCGCCAGCUGCCUCCGGCUCACUACAGGACCUUGCGCUUCCUCAUAGCACACUUAAACAGAGUGACUGAACAAGCGGAGGAGAACAAGAUGACCGCCAGCAACCUGGGCAUCAUCUUUGGCCCCACACUGGUCAAGCCACGGCAGACAGAUGCUGAGGUGUCCCUGUCCUCCCUGGUGGACUACCCCUACCAGGCCCUGAUGGUGGAGCUCCUGGUGCGACACUUUAACGUGAUCUUUGACAUUUCACCCCUGUCUGGCUCCGACCUUACCACAGCUGGCCAGGCUUCCCCCAGGCUCACCCCGCAGGAGAAGGAGCAGAGGCUCAGCAGACAUUCCACCUCCCUGGUAGACAUCAAAGAGAGUGCCAGAGUGUACAAAAGGCAUUCGUCAGUGAUCCCUUCCUCUCAUAUCUUGGAUGAGGUGCACGAAGUCCAGCCAGGAACAGACAGAACAGAGAUCAUGGACAGACUCAACGGGAUCCAGACAUCUGAUGCUGCUGAUGUCCAGAGGUCAACCCUGGUGUUUGGCCGUCCCAGCUCCAACCUACCCUCCACCUCCAUGGCACCAAAGGUUCAGCUGCGCACCCAGCGCUCCAGAAUGGUGUCUCGGCCGAUCAGUAUGCCCCUGGAACGCCUGCCCACCCGCGCACAGGUCAUGGAGAAGAAGAGCCAUGACACUGCUGCUAACGCCAACGCUAACCCUGAUGAGCGGGACCUUACCACUGAAGUCAUACAAGAGGCAGCUGAGCCAGAAAAGACCCGCCCCGGUGGCUCAUCCCGGGUUAGCACUUACUACAUCACCCCGUUCAUUGACACACAGACAAUGCAGAGGAGGACCUGGGACAGGAAGUACAAGCACUACGAUGUCACUCCCAGAACAGCCAUGAUAGUUGCCAAUCUGCCACCCACUAACUCUGGAGCGCAGCCUGCAAAAGCAGCGACGCCGGCCACUGUUGGGUCGCAGGUGGCGACCCCCUCUCCCGCUUCCAUUCCCACCUCAAGUAGUGUUAGCACCAUAUUCCCCAACCAUCCGUACACAGUGUCAAUCAAACCCAUGUGGACUUCCAAAAGGGAAAAUGACACAGAUAACUCAGUCAGUGAGCCUAGCAGCUCCACAAAUGCUCCGAUCACAUUCAGGGCACCCAGGACUCUGCAGCCCCCUCCUGGAACUUUCUACAAGCCUCCUGUUUCCAUAGGCAGCAGAGCCAGGACACUUCCAAACUGGACUACUACCGUUACCACCAUCACUAACACCACCGCCUCCCAUUCUCUUACCAACCCCACCCAGGUGGUCACCUCUUCUGACCACAGCAGCCCCCCACAGACAAGGCUCCAGACACAAGACUCCGUAGACAGCACCACUGACCCUGAGGUCGCGACCUCCGCGACCCUUUCACCCCCCCAGUCGCCACCUUCCAGCAGCCCUGAUGAUCUGAGCCCCAGUGAGGCCAAACUCGUCUACCAAAGACUGCGUCCUCGGCGCCUGCAGGAACUCGAACACAGAGAAGCCCAUUUUGUCUGAAAGUAGCAACCAAAAUAAAGCUUUUAUAUCUGUAAAUAUAAAUGUACCUGUGCCAUAGUGUAUAUUGGGGAGGGAAAAAACACUUAUUUUUAUCAGAGAAGUUGAGAGCUAGUGUAGGCCUGUGAAAACGAACCACAAAAGUGUUAAAAGUGCUAAUAUAUUCUCUGUUACAUGUUGGAGUCAUAGCAUAAACAACGGUUGGUCUUCCCAUCGUUCAGAACAUGCACAUUUUGAUGCCAACAUUGUGUUUAGUGUUUUUAAUAAAUAAAUCCUUUGUCUAUUUUUCUCUCAAAAGAAAUCAUACCAGCCACAAAAUUUACUGUAAACAAGUCUGUCUGUAAAAAAUAAUGUAAGCCUAUCGUUCUGUUUGUUUUAGUCAAACAAUUAAAUUUAUGUAUAUGAACAAUGAUUGAUUUUUUUUAUGAAAUGAUAUUUUAUUGUAACCACACAAUGCACUUACUCAAUGCAGGUUCAAUUCUAACGUCGCCAUGUUAAAUUUUGUAGACGAUUUAUUAUAUUCCACAAGGAAUAGAUGGAGGUAUUUUUUAACAUGAGGUUUUUAAUUGUAAAAAAACAAGAGUUCAAUAUUGUUACCCUUAAGUUUUUCCAACGUAGCCUGUGAUUGGUACCUGUUUUUUUCACUAUGUAAACGUUAUGUAUCUGUUUACAUUUUAUAUUCUUUCAUACUGCAUGUUUGUCACGGCAGUUUUGUCUCAACAAAUAAUUGUGACUAUACCGAAUAUCGACAUGCAACAGUUCUUGCUGCAGAUUAAAAUUGUAGUUCAAACUGUUA